AUGUCAGCUACUAAAUUAUUUUCUCCGCUUUUAAUUCCACAAACAGUGAGAAAAAAAGCGACGGCGUCGGUUAUAUUUCUACAUGGAUCAGGUGACACUAACAUGGGCAUUUUGUCAUGGGUGGGGGACCUGAUGGAGGGAGAGUUCAGCUUCCCUCACAUCCAAACUGUCUUCCCUACAGCUCCUGUCAGACCUUACACUCCAUUUGGUGGCAUGCCAUCAUCAGUGUGGUUUGAUCGGAUGGCUAUAACCCCUCAGUGUGCUGAGCACGAAUCUGUGGAUCAGAUGUGUGAUCAGCUCUCCCAUUUGAUCAAAGAUCAGCAGGACAAAGGCAUUCCCAUCAACCGUAUUGUCUUAGGUGGGUUCUCUAUGGGAGGGGCCAUGGCCUUACAUUUAGCCUUCAGACGCUUCAGGGAAGUAGCCGGGGUGUUCGCCCUCUCUGGUUUUCUGAACCAGGAUUCUGCAGUGUAUAAGCUGAUUGAGAAAGAACCAGGUCCUCUUCCAGCAUUAUUUCAGGGUCAUGGUGGCAAGGAUUCUCUUGUCCGUCUUCAGUGGGGACAUGAAACUUUCAAUAAGCUGAAGUCAUUAAAUGUGAAGGGAGAGUUUCACAAAUACCCAGAACUUACACAUGAGAUGAGUACAGAUGAGCUCUGUCAGCUGAAAGACUGGAUCUCAGGCAUUUUGCCAGAUGUGGAUUUGGAUGGAAUGUUUUAUAAAGGCUACGCAUUGUGAAAUACUCAAAUGAAGGCAUAGGCAUGUAGGAGUAGAUAGGCUCUUGUCUUUGUGGUAGAAUGCCAAAGUGUCAGUCAGAACAAGGGG